UGCGCCUGACGGGAAACUUUCACCAUCACUUCCGGGUAUGUUGUCAUGAUAUCAUGAUCUUGUUCAUACGCAUUUAGGACCGUUAUAUAUUUUCAAAUUCUUAUGAACGAACUUUUCCUGAAAAGUGUGUGAUACCAGCUGUCUCAGCCAACAUGUCGUUCUUCAAAGAUGCUGUGAAAGGGUUUGUCAGUAACCUGGUUAGCGACAUGCCCCUGUUGGGAACCCCCUACUCUAUCAGGGAGGUGGACACAAAGAACUAUGCCAAAUAUGGUAUCAUGAAGAGAGAAGACUGUCUGACACUCUACAGAGACGAGAGGGGACAGAGUUUUGAGGCUGUACUACACAACACAGGGAUGAGCGUACAGGCGUACAGAGUAUUCCGGCUGCCCACAGAGGAGGAGGGAAUUAAAACAUUCCAGCUGUACACCCAGAAACUCCUGCCCUUCUAUCAGUAUUCCAAGUCCAUCUACUCUGUCACAAAACUACAGAACAUGAAUGACCUGGUACAGAAACACCCGUCUUGGUCGGCAGCACACCUGGCUGUACACCUGGGGAUGAUAGAAUGUCUCAAACACAACGUUGUUGCAGGUGCCCUGAACAUGGUGGAGGAGGAGAAUGGCCGUACACCCCUGCACCUGGCCUGUCUGGCCGGGAACAUCGCCUGUAUCCGGGAACUCAUGCACUGUAAUGUACAGGUGGAGAAGGCAGACAGAGAGGGGAACACAGCAUUUCACUUGGCUUCACAGUGCAACCCUGAAGCACUGGAGAUCCUGUGCUCUACCCGAAGCCCUGCUGUGAGUGCCCUGAACCAAGCGGGAGAGUCCCCCCUCCAUGUGGCCUGCAGAUAUAACCAGCCAAAGUGUGUGCAGAUCUUACUGAACGUUGGAGCUAAUGUCUUACUCAUGGGAGCCAAGGGAUACCCCAUACACAGUGCUAUGGAAGCCAACAGCAUGGAGUGUUUGGAGCUAUUGUUGGAGCGAGAUCCUCGGCAGGUGCACACAGUAGACCCCCAGUCAGGUCUGACUGCUCUACACUGGGCCAAAACACCUGAGUGCAUCCAACUCCUACUGAGUAAAGGAGCCAGACUUGAAGCGGUCAGUACGUCUGGCCUGACACCGCUACACUACAUGGUCAAGGAGAAACUCUUCACCUGCGUCCUGGCCAUCAUGAUAGCGAACGCUGAGGUCAAUGUCAAGGAUCAGGAGGGGAACACCCCCCUGCACCUGGCUGUUCAGGUUGAGAGCGUUGACAUUAUUCGAGUCUUGGUCGUGUUUGGCGCCAAUCUUAACGCCAAGAACAACAAGGGCGAGACUCCGCGACACAUGGCCGCCCAAAGUGCCACUGGCAACAAGGACAUCCUUGUGGGCAUGCUACACAUGGUGGGGGCUGAGAGAUGUGAGGCCAACAUGACUGGAUGCAAAGAUGGCUGCCAGUACGGACAGGGAUUUGAUGGACUGCCUUCUCCUGUCGCUGCUGCCUUGGAGAAAACACACAACCGAAGUAAGCGAGCCCGUAUGGAUGACAUCCUCUCCCUGGCUGUGGGAGCAUCUGCUAUUGCUGCUGGGUAUGACCAAAUGGACGGACCAACAACUCCUUCUAAGUAUGACAAAGUGCUAUGUCUGGAUGGAGGUGGGAUUCGCGGUCUGGUUCUCACACAGCUUCUCGUGGCCAUCGAACAGUUUACCGGACAUUCCAUACUGGAUCUGUUUGAUUGGAUCGGAGGGACGAGUACAGGAGGCAUCCUCGCACUGGCCAUUGUGCAUGGGAAGACAGCUAGAUAUUGCCGGUGUCUCUACUUCCGGCUGAAGAACGAAGUGUUCAAAGGGUCACGUCCGUACAGCUCCGAUGCCUUGGAGGGGUUCCUGAAGGAAGAGUACGGAGAGAACACCAAAAUGACCGAUGUCACUCAUCCCAAGGUGGUUGUGACCGGUGUGAUGGGUGACAGAAACCCUGCAUGUCUACACCUCUUCAGGAACUACAACCCACCCGACCUGCCCAAGCAUCCCGAAAACACAAAAUGUAUUUUCCAACCUGUCACCCUACCAUCAGAGCAACUUGUGUGGCGGGCUGCUCGCUCCAGCGGUGCCGCACCGUCCUACUUCCGACCAAUGGGGCGCUUCCUAGACGGAGGUCUGAUCGCCAACAACCCAACCCUGGAUGUUCUGACAGAGAUUCAUGAAUACAACACCAGCCUCAGACUCAAGGGUACACCUGAAGAGGCAAGGAAGCUGGCCGUGAUGGUUUCCCUGGGGACAGGCCGGGUGCCCACGGUGGAGGUGAAGUCUGUCGACUUCUUCCGUCCCAGUGGAGUCUUCGAGGCUGCCAGGUCUCUGAUGGGUCUCAAGGAGCUGGGCAAGAUGUUCGUUGACUUGGCCACAGACUCAGACGGGCGCAUGGUGGACCGCUCCCGUGCGUGGUGCGAGAUGAUUGGCCUCCCGUUCUUCCGGUUCAACCCCCCUCUGUCGGACGAGCUACAGCUGGAUGAGACAAGUGACGAGCACCUCAUAAAGAUGCUGUGGGACACCCAGGUCUACAUCCUCCAGAAAAAGGACCGCUUCGAAAAACUGGCUAAGAUACUGUUAGAGCACUGAUGCAUGUUCCGAACUGGUGAUUGGUACUGCAAUGGUUGCAGAAAGAAAGGGGGAAAUAUUUGUGGGGAUUUAAGAAAAAGGAGAGUUCUCAAACCUACUUUUUCUUUCAUCCCACUCAUUGUUCAGGAGUCCAUUUUCAACUUGUUAUUUUUCAUUACUUAAUUUCUUAUUUUAUAAUAGCAGAUAUUAUAGUGAUAAAAUUCACUUUAUAUUCAUAUUAAAGUGAUAAAAAUCACUUUCAUGCCAUGAAGUUAUGAUUUUUUUUCCCAAUGGGGUGGACUUUUGUUCGUCGUAUAGCAAGCAAAUUUUCAUCUUAGGACAAAGGGAUUGGUUUUAGAAUUAGAGACAGUCCUGCAGUUUUGCAGUUUCAAAGGAGUACAGUCAGACAGAAAAUAGUCAAGCAAAACAUUUUGCACUGGCUUUAAGUUUGUAGUGAAAAAGUCACCUGUCCAGGAUCAUAAAACCACCACAAAAUUUUCCCCUUUUUUACAGCCAUCAUCCAUCUUGAGUGUUGGUAUCAUUCUGAGUGAUAAAAUGUCACACUUAUUGUGCAAUAGUAGUGCAAGUAUCGAAUAAGUCACACCAAGACUGUUAUGUAAUGUCCUUGGUCACACUUGUAGCAGUAGGCUACUUUUCUUUCGUUUAGAUAUAAUAGAUUGAAUUAUUGUGAAUAAUAGUCUUGUAGAUUUGACAUUGAAAAUUUGUUGCCAAAAUGUUAUGUGGAAACUUUAGUAUUGAGACUAUGUCACUGGCUAUGUUGGUCUCUGGAGCUGUGGUUUGAAACAGAAUUACUCAGUUCGUCUGUUUGAACGUAACGUACAACAUAUUCCUCUACAGUAACAGUAUGGCACUGCAGUGAACAUGUGUAGAACACGUAAUGUAACUAGAGAACGGAUGCAAAAAUGAAUGCCUGUGCUGCUAGCUUAUUGUCAAUGUGUCACUUUAGUAAUUUUGAAGAAAAGCUCACCUAUAGUCAGUGCCAAGAAUCAAGGCAAAGCCUCUGUUGCAAGUCUUCUAGGAGCACUGGGGUGAUUAAUUUUGGGGGUGU